CCUCUCCAGCCAGAGUCACACAAACACAGAAAUACAGUAAAAAGGCUGUUUAGCGACGCCACGCCUGACAAACUCACUCCAGAGGAGGAGUGAAGAGGAAUGCCUGUUAUUUUCCACAGAGAGAGAGAGACAGAGAGACAGAGAGACAGACACAGAGAGAGAGAGAGACAGGAAUUACGCACUUUCUCGCUGAAAACUCCAGCACUGUGGAAGAAAACUCUUCAGAGAAAGCUUUAAACUCGCAGGAUGUCCGGAGUUGCGUCCACCCUGGCCAAGAAGAGGGCUCUGGCCGCGGGCUUCGGCACCAACGCCAACGCGGUCAAGUACCUGAACCAGAACUUCGAGAGUCUGAGAAGCGAGUGUCUGAGCCGCGGACAGCUUUUCUGCGACCCCACUUUUCCGGCCAGCCCUGAAUCUCUGGGAUUUAACGAGCUGGGGCCGCGGUCCUCCAAAACCAGGGGCGUGCAGUGGAAAAGACCCGGAGAGUUGACCUCCAGUCCGGAGUUUAUUGUUGGAGGGGCAACAAGAACUGAUAUUUGCCAAGGAAGUUUGGGGGAUUGCUGGCUCUUGGCAGCCAUCGCUUCUCUCACGCUCAAUGAAGAUGUGUUGUCUCGGGUUGUUCCAACAGACCAGGGCUUUGGAGACAACUAUGCAGGCAUUUUCCACUUCCAGUUCUGGCAGUUUGGCGAGUGGGUGGACGUGGUUAUUGACGACCGGUUGCCCACCAGAGAUGGAGAGCUGCUGUUUGUUCAUUCAGUCACAGGCUCAGAGUUCUGGAGUGCCUUGCUAGAGAAGGCCUAUGCUAAGCUGAAUGGAUGCUAUGAGGCUCUCUCUGGGGGCUCCACAACGGAGGGCUUUGAGGACUUCACUGGAGGCAUAGCGGAGAUGUAUGAGCUAAGAUCAGCUCCACGUGACAUGUUCCAAAUCAUCAAGAAGGCUCUGGAGUCCGGAGCUCUGUUGGGAUGCUCCAUAGAUAUCACUAGUGCGGCAGACUCAGAGGCCAUCACUUAUCAGAAACUUGUGAAGGGACACGCCUACUCAGUGACAGGCGCCAUUGAGGUGAACUACCGCAGUCGAAAGGAGAAGCUUAUCAGAGUGCGUAACCCUUGGGGUCAGGUGGAGUGGACUGGAGCCUGGAGCGACAGCUCCUCUGAGUGGAACUCUGUAGAUGCCUCUGAGCGUGAGAACGUGAAAGCUGAUGAUGGAGAGUUCUGGAUGUCAUUCUCAGACUUUUUGCGGCAUUAUUCCCGCGUGGAGAUUUGCACUUUGACCCCAGACACCCUUACUUCUGACUCAGUGAAGCACUGGAGUGUGAGUAAAUUUGAUGGCAGCUGGAGGAGGGGCUCCACAGCAGGUGGCUGCAGGAACCAUCCCUACACGUUCUGGAUGAAUCCGCAGUAUAAGAUCAAGCUAGAGGAGGAGGAUGACGAUCCUGCUGAUAAUGAGGUUAGCUGUAGCGUAGUGAUUGGCCUCAUCCAGAAGAACCGGCGCAGGCUGAGGAAAUCAGGGGAGGAUAUGCACACCGUUGGCUAUGCCAUCUAUGAGGUCCCUAAAGAGUUUUAUGGGCAGAAGGAGGUCCAUCUCAGUAAAGAGUUCUUCCUGACCCACGCUCAGAAAGCUCGUUCUGAGACCUUCAUCAAUCUGCGCGAGGUCAGCACGCGCUUCAAGCUGCCCCCUGGCGAGUACCUCAUCGUUCCCUCCACCUUCGAGCCACACAAGAACGGAGACUUCUGUGUGCGCGUGUUCUCAGAGAAACAGUCCGAAAUGCAAAUCUGUGAUGACCCUGUAGAGGCAGACAUUGAAGAUGAAGCUGUGUCAGAGGCUGAAGUUGAUGCUGGAUUUAGGGGCCUAUUCACAAAGCUGGCUGGAGAGGAUAUGGAAAUAUCUGCAAGUGAGCUGAGAACCAUUUUUAAUAAAGUAGUCAGCAAAAGAACAGAUAUUAAGACAGAUGGCUUCAGUUUAGACACAUGUAGGAUCAUGGUCAACCUCAUGGAUGACAGUGGUAAUGGCAAGCUAGGAAUCGGUGAGUUUGCAACCCUAUGGAAGAAAAUCCAAAAAUACUUGAUCAUCUAUAAGAAAAAUGACAUGGAUGGAUCUGGAUGCAUGAGCACACCAGAGAUGCGCAUGGCUUUAAAGGAAGCAGGCUUCACUCUGAACAACGCUAUCCAUCAGCUUCUGGCUGCCCGAUACGGCGAGACAGACAUGACCAUCGACUUUGACAACUUUGUGGCCUGUAUGACACGACUGGAGAUGAUGUUCAAGCUGUUCAAGAAGAUAGAUGCUCAUUCAACUGGCUUCAUUGAGCUGGACCUUACUCAGUGGCUGUCAUGCGCCAUGAUCUAGAGGAACACAAGGCAAUUCAGACUUCUUUUUUUCACGUCUGGUUGACCAUUAACUUGUACACUAACCUAGAAGUACGGAGGCUUGAAGGUGACAUGGUGAUUAUUUUUCAUUAAAAUUAAAUCUGUAGCCACAGAUUAAUAUAUUAAGGCCACAAAUUACAAUACUGAGGCCACGAAUUACUAUCCUGAGGCCAUGAGAUAUGAGAAACCUAACUUGUGGCCUCAAUAUAGUAAUUCGUGGCCUCAAAAUAUUCAUUCGUGGUCAUGCCUUACUAAAAAUAAUCACCAUGUCACCUCAAAGGCUCCAUAUAAAAGUGACAUUAGGUCACGUUUUAUAAUCUAUCGUAGGUAACCAUGGUCUCACCGAAUCUGUAUCGCGUUUUAUUAUUUGCUGCUUUGAUUUUACUGAAUAAAAUAUCAUUUUUAAUCA